AUGCUGACGUAUAGGAAGGAAGAAAGAUUGGAUGCUGAACGUAUCGAACAAGAAAGAUUAGAGGCCGAACGUAUUGAAAAAGAAAGAUUAGAGGCCGAACGAUUAGAAAAUGAACGUAUUGAAAAAGAAAGAUUAGAGCUGGAAAGAUUAGAACUAAAAAGAUUAGAACAAGAAAGACUAGAGGCCGAACGUAUUGAAAAGGAAAGAUUAGAAGCAGAUCGAAUUGAAAAAGAACAAGAAAGAUUAGAGGCCGAACAAAAAGAAAGAUUAGUGGCCAAACGUAUUGAACAAGAAAGAUUAGAGGCCGAACGUAUUGAAAAAGAAAGAUUAGAAGCCGAACGUAUUGAACAAGAAAGAUUAGAAAAAGAACGAUUAGAGGCCGAACGUAUUGAACAAGAAAGAUUAGAAGCUGAACGUGUUGAACAAAAAAGACUAGAAGCCGAACGUAUUGAACAAGAAAGAUUAGAAACUGAACGUGUUGAAAAAGAAAGACUAGAAGCCGAACGUAUUGAACAAGAAAGACUAGAAGCUGAACGUGUUGAACAAGAAAGACUAGAAACUGAACGUAUUGAACAAGAAAAGUUAGAACAAAAAAGAUUAGAAGCUGAAAAUAUCGAAAAAGAAAGAUUAGAACAAGAAAGAUUAGAGCAAGAAAAGCUAGAAACUGAACGUAUCGAAAGACUAGAGGCCGAACAAAGAUUGGAAUUCGAACGUAUCGAAAAAGAAAGACAAGAAACCGAACGUAUUGAAAAAGAAAGAUUGGAACAAGAAAGAUUAGAAGCCGAACGUAUAGAUAAAGAAAGAUUAGAUGAAGAACGUAUAGAUAAAGAAAGAUUAGAAAAAGAAACACUAGAUGCUGAACGUAUGGAACAAGAAAGAUUAGAAAAAGAAGAAAAUGUAGAUCAUAUCGAACUUUUUAAUAAAGAGAAAUUAGAAAGAGAAGAAAUAGAACAAAAAAGUUUAGAGAAAUCAAUACCAAAAGAAAAGAAAAAAGAAGCACAAAAGUUUACAUAUGGCGAGGAUGAUGAAGACGAUGAUGAAUAUGAAGAUAGUGACUAUGAAAACGAUACUCAAGCCCAACAAACUAAUGAACAUUUAUCAUCUUCAUUAUCAUCAUCAACUAAUAGUAUAAGUGAACCAAUCAAAAAUAGUAAUAAUAUAUUUGUACAUAAACCACAACCAUCACCCCAACAAGAAACAAUUUCAGCAAAAAGAAAAGUAUCUUUUUCAUCUAUUUUACCUUGGAAUAAAUCAUCAAACAACACAUCUCCAACCUCAUCUCCAAUUUCACCAGCACCACACAAUAACAACAAUACCCAAAGCAAUAGCAAUAGUAUUUCAAUUCCACUUUUAUCAUCCAUUUUAAAUGAUAACUCAAAUACAGCGAAUACAAGCUCAUCAAAGCUAAGCAAUAUGUCAACCGCAUCACCAACUAGCACAUCUAAUACAUUAACUGAACCACCAUCACCAAGAAAUAGUGGCCCAAGAGAAUUAAUGGAUCCACAACAAGCUGCUUUUUGUUUAGAUUUGUUAGAUCCUAUGCCAAAAGAAAAGAAUUUAAGAAAUAAAAAUUUCGAUAUUACAUAUGGAGUAAAUAAAAAAUAUUGCGAAUUGUUUACAGGUAUUAAAAAAGAAUUAUCAUCAUCAACUUAUGAAUCAUCAGUUAGCUCUACUGUGACAAGUUUACAAGAUAUAUCCAAACAUAGAAAAAGUAUAAACCUAGAUAUGAUCAAUCUAUCAAAAACUAUUUGUAAUACUCCAUUUUGUUAG